AGCCUUCGCUGAUCUCGCCGCGCUAGGCUUGUGACCGUGUGUCGUCUACGAGCGUUUUUUUAAGUUAAUUUUUCAUUUCAGUUCAUUAAAUCGCGGAGUUUGCGUACGUCACCGAACACUCACCAAAAUGAUCGGCGAUCAGGACGACUACGGCGAUGUCGAGUACCUCGACGCAUACGGCUAUCCCAUCCACGAAGGAGAAGUCCAUGGGUACCGGCAGGAUGUGGACUACGGUGGCCAGUACAAGCUGUCUGAGGCGAUGCAGAGCACCCUUCUGUACCUCAAGAAGGCAAUCCAGGAAGGGAAUGUCUUUGAGAUACAGAACAUCUACGAGAACAACUUAGCCAAGCUGAUGGAGAAGUACUUCCAGACGUUGCCACCACCCAACUCGAAGGAGAUGGCACACAUCUUGGACGACCACAUCUUCAUGAUUCUCUACAAGGAGCUCUACUAUCGCCAAAUCUACGCUCGGGGCGUCCCGAAAAUCGACGAGCGGUUCGAGUCCUACUACAACUACUGUGCCCUGUUCAACUACAUCCUGAGUACUGAUGGCCCCGUUGCACUGGAGUUGCCCAACCAGUGGCUCUGGGAGCUCAUUGACGAGUUCAUUUAUCAGUUCCAGUCCUUCAGUCAGUUUCGCAGCAACGUGAACAAGAAGACGGCCGAGGAGAUUGAAGUCCUCAACCAGAAUCCCAAGAUCUGGAACGUACACAGCGUGCUUAAUGUGCUUCAUUCGCUCGUGGACAAGUCUAACAUCAAUCUCCAGCUGGAGGUCUACACCAAGGGAGGCGACCCCGACAACGUUGCCGGGGAGUUUGGGCGCCACCCGCUGUACAAGAUGCUGGGCUACUUCAGCCUAAUCGGGCUGCUGAGGCUGCACUCGCUCCUGGGAGACUACUACCAGGCCAUCAAGGUGCUUGAGAACCUGGAGCUCAACAAGAAGAGCCUGUAUUCGAGGGUGCCGGCGUGCCAGAUCACGACCUACUACUAUGUGGGCUUUGCAUACCUCAUGAUGCGACGCUAUGCGGAUGCCAUCCGCACCUUUUCCAACAUCUUGGUCUACAUCCAGCGGACCAAGCACAUGUUCCAGCAGCGGUCUUACCAAGUGGACCAGAUCAACAAGCAGACGGAGAAGAUGUAUGCCCUCCUGGCCAUCUGCCUGACGCUGCACCCCCAACGCAUCGACGAGAGCAUCCUGUCCCAGCUCAAGGACAAGUACGGAGACCGCAUGAACAAGAUGCAGAAAGGGGACAAGGGGGAGUUUGGAGACAUGUUCACGUUUGCGUGCCCCAAGUUCCUGAAUCCGGUGCCGCCGGUGAUGACACCCCCGGUCGCGUCUUCAGACAAGCAGCCACCAAAAGAGCAGAAGAACUUCUCCAAGGAACCGCUCGAGCAGCAGCUGAACGUUUUCCUCAGCGAAGUUCAGGGGCAGAUUAUGCUCCCCACGAUCCGCAGCUUCCUCAAGUUGUACACCACCAUGCCGGUUUCUAAGCUGGCCAAUUUCUUGGACAAGGGGAAUGAGCCUGACAGUUUCCAUUGCCACCUGCUGAGCUUCAAGCACAAGAUGAAGAACGUGGUCUGGACCAAGGGCUCCAGCAGCCUCGACGGAGAGUUCCAGUCCGGAUCCGACGUGGACUUCUUCAUCGAUGGGGACAUGAUCCACAUUGCCGACACCAAGGUGGCCAGGCGCUACGGAGACUUCUACAUCCGCCAGUACCACAAGUUUGAGGAGCUGUACCGUACCCUGUCUUCGCUGCAAGCCUGAGCAACCAUGGCACACUUCAAGUUAUAUCUCUUCUGUCUCCAAUCAAUAAAACUGGGACUAAACUCUGA